CAAAUCCUCAAAAUUACUAGAUAAGAUGAGAGAGAAAAAUAUCUUUGGCCAAACCUAAUAUCAAAACGCACAGCUUCAUCGGGCACGUGUACCAAAAGCCCAAAACCCUAACCCAUAAAACUUGAGUGAAACCCCUUUCAUUCGUAUAUAAAAGCUAGCUCAGCCGUUCACUCUCAUAAAUCUUCCUCACUCUCAGCUAUCUCCAAAACCCUAAUUCUCUCACCCGUAGGGUUUUGAAUAGCUUCCGCAGCUUCUUCCCUUUACUCUCUCAGAUGGGCAAGUCAAGCAAGAAAUCCGCCACCAAGGUUGAUGCUGCUCCCGUUGUCGUUUCGCCAGUCAAGUCUGGAAAGAAAGGCAAGAGGCAGGCUGAGGAGGAAAUCAAGAAAGUGAGUGCUAAGAAACAAAAGGUAGAGGAGGUUAUUGCUAAGCAGAAGAAGGAAGCUGUGGUUCAGAAAGUUAAGGAUGAAAGUAGUUCAGAGGAAGAUUCCUCUGAAUCUGAGGAUGAGAAACCCGUUGUCAAACCUGCUGCUCCUGUCAAAAAGACACCAGCUAAGAACGGGAAUGCUAAGAAAGCCAAGCCCGAUUCUAGUUCUUCAGAUUCUGAGUCUGAUGAGGACGAGUCUUCGGACGAGGAUGAUGUGAGUGCUAAGAAGCCAGCGAAGGUUGCGGUUGCUGCCAAGCCUAAGCAGGCACCUAAGAAGGAGGAAAGUUCUGAUGAAUCAGAUGAUGAAUCUGAUGAAGAUUCAUCUGAAGAUGAGAAACCUGCUCCAAAAGCUGUUCCUGCUAAAAAUGGGAGUGCCCCAGCAAAGAAAGCUGCUAGUUCUUCUGAUGAAGAGUCUGAUGAAGAUUCUUCCUCUGAUGAAGAAGCACCAAAAGCUAAGGUUGUUCCUGCUGCUGUGAAGCCUGCUGCUGCAAAGAAGAAAGCUGAAAGCUCCGACUCUGAUAGCUCAGAGGAUUCUGAUGAUGAGGAGGAUACCAAGCCUACUGUAACUGCGGUGUCAAAGUCUGCUGCUGUUGCCAAAAAGACAGAGGAUGAUGAUGAAGAUAGCAGUGAUGAAGAGGAUAGCAGCUCUGAUGAAGAUAAUAAAACUUCCAAGGCUUCUAAUGGAAACAAGAAGCCAGUGACUGUCUCUAAGAAAGAGGAUAAGAUGAAUGUUGACAAGGAUAGCAGUGACAGUGAUGAGGAAAGUGAUAGUGAUGAGGAGAGUGAGAGUGAGGAUGAACCAUCCAAAACUCCUCAAAAAAAGACUAAGGAUGUGGAGAUGAUUGAUGCUGACAAAUCUUCAAAGAAAGCUCCUGCUACCCCAGCUACACCAAGUGAGAAUGGAGGUUCAAAGACUUUAUUUGUUGGGAACCUGUCAUUCAGUGUCCAGCGAUCUGACAUUGAAAGUUUCUUUCAAGAAUGCGGAGAGGUUGUUGAUGUCCGUCUUGCCUCAGAUGAGGAUGGGAGGUUUAAAGGCUUUGGACAUGUUGAGUUUGCGACUGCAGAGGCAGCACAAAGUGCACUUGAGUUGAAUGGGCAAGAAUUGUUGCAAAGAGGUGUUCGGCUUGAUUUAGCUCGGGAAAGGGGAGCUUUCACUCCAAAUAGUACUGGCAACCAGAACAGUGGUAGAGGCCAGUCCCAAACUGUAUUUGUCAGGGGUUUUGAUAAAUCUAUUGGAGAGGACGAGAUUAGAGCAAAGUUGGAACAACAUUUUGCUUCUUGCGGGCAGGCUUCAAGGGUGUCAAUCCCCAAGGAUUAUGAUACUGGCUAUUCAAAGGGGUUUGCAUACAUGGACUUCAAAGAUUCAGACAGCUUUAACAAAGCCAUAGAGCUCCAUGGAAGUGAACUUGAUGGUUAUCCUUUGUCAAUUGAUGAAGCUAAGCCUAGAGAAAGUACAGGUUUUGGCGGUAGAGGAACUCCAAGGGGUGGUGGCUCUAGAGGUCGUGGUGGUCGAUUUGGUGACAGGAAUAGUGGAGGUCGAUUUGGUGACAGGAGCGGUGGAGGAAGAAGUGGUGGAAGGGAUGGUGGUAGAGGUGGUAGAAGGGGUGGUGGUCGUUUUGGAUUCAAUAAACCAAGCCUUGCUCCAGAAGGCACAGGAAAAAAGACCACUUUUGCCGACGACUAGAGAUUGGCUAUUUUUGUUUGCUGAAACUUGUCUCUUCCGUCCGGAGGAUACUUAAAAACUUAUCAUAACUUAAGCUUUUAAAUUUAUUUCUAGUAGUUUUGUUGCUCAGUUUUGGUCGUUAUUAAUUAGUAUGAAUUGCUGAAAGAUCUUGUGUAUCUGAAAUUUUUGUGAUUGGUAGUUUUUGUCACAUGGAUGUUGAAUUCCUUCGGGUAUUGAAACUUGCAAAUGUUUGGUUAAUUAUUUUGAUAUAAAUUUAAAGGUCUAUUCUUACGUUUA